CUUUUCCUUCCUAUUCCUUCUCACGCAAAAACCCUCCUCCUUUCUCCUUCAAGUCUUUUGUCGCCGCCACGCCAGCCACCUCGCCCCCUGACGCGGGCUCCUUUCCUCUCGCCAGCAUUUCUCUCUUUCUCUCCUCUCCCACACGCCGACGACUAAUCGGCUGAACGCCGUCCAGCCAAACGCACCGCCGCCAGCUCUCGCCGCGCAGGAUCGAAGUUGCUAGCCGAUCUGUGUUGUACUUUGUCCCUUCUCCGAUCAGCCACUGUCUUCCGAUUGGAAGUCGUUCACUAACUCCUGGCCAUCGGAUUUUGUUCGUCGUGCACGCUGCCGCUUGGCCCACAGUCACGCUACCCAGAGAUUCGUUUCGCGCUGCUACGGAAUUCAAAGUCGUAGCGCCCAAAUCUUGCUACUCGGACCCGAGUCCUGUGUAGGGCUAGUUGUCCUUUCUGUUCGUGUGUCGACAGAGCCUCCUGUCUGCUCGCAAGCUUCGAAUCUCCGCUGUAUUUCCAGUAGGUAUUAAAAUUGAGUUCUUGGAAGGACUUAGCUACUGUCUAGCCGAGGAGUGAAUUUUUGCAUGUUCUGGCACACUCUAGGCACCCAACUAUCUACCCUCUGCCAUGGCCGUGCUUUGUACUGCUCCAUUUCUAGACCCACUUGCCUGAAUCAUGGUUUUUGUUGUCUGUGGGUUUUUGGGGUUGUGACGUGAGUGUGAUUUUUCCCCCAUAUGCGAGAUAGAGCUUGUGAUAUGUGGAAGAAAAUGUUAGGGAUUCUGUUCUAUGAUUCAAUAAUUCACUGAUAUUGCAUUGAAGAAAUAAUGAAGCUGACUGUAGUUGCACGAUCCCUUCAAGCCCGUUCCACACUUACUAAAAUAAUUGGGUUGUCGCAGGUCCGCUUCUUUCAGCCUGAUUUUACUCCUAGGGACCCAAAGGCCAAGCCAAAAAAGUACAAGUAUCCACCAUUUUAUGAUCCAUAUGGCCCUAGGCCCCCACCCUCUGAUAAAAUCAUUGCGCUUGCUGAAAGAAUUGCAGCACUGCCUGCUGCUGAGCGUUCCCAGAUUGGUCCCACACUCGGCGAAAAACUUAGACAUCCUAAGCUGCAGGAAAUUUCAGUGGAUGGCUUGGACAUGGGUUCGGAAGGAGGGGCAGCGGCAGGAUCUUCCAAUGUGGAAGAGAAAAAAGAAAAAACUGCUUUUGAUGUGAAGCUAGAGAAGUUUGAUGCUGCUUCAAAAAUUAAGGUGAUUAAAGAAGUAAGGGCCUUCACUAAUUUGGGUCUGAAGGAGGCAAAAGACUUAGUAGAGAAAGUACCUGCGAUUCUCAAGCAAGGGGUGACCAAGGAGGAAGCAAACGGCAUCAUCGAAAAGAUCAAAGCUGCUGGAGGAGUUGCUGUGAUGGAGUAGAAAAUUGUUCUAAAGAUGGUAGCAACUUUUUGUUUAUAUUUUUCCAAACUGGCCAAUUUCUAGCUUCCGAACAUUCUUUCUGUUAGUGGAUGUUGUUGCCGGCCAGUUGAGUUGCAAAAAGGGCGAAUGAACAAUUAAUAAACAACUUUUUUAGACU